AUGUUCGCCGUCAGGAGCGCUCUCCGCCUCGGCUCGAGGUUAUCCAUCCCCGCGGUGGCGAGGAGAGGAUGCGCCGGGGCUUCCAUCCCGGUGGACGAUGUGGUGAACGGACUGACCGAGGAUCAGAUCCAGCUCAGGCAGACUGUCCGCCGGUUCUGUGCAGAAAAACUUGCACCAUAUGCUGACGAGAUCGACAAGAAAAAUGAAUUUGCAGGAUUGCGGGAAUUUUGGACAGAAAUGGGUGAGAUGGGACUCCUCGGGAUCACUGCUCCGGUCGAGUACGGUGGCACAGGAUUGGGUUACCUCGAUCAUGUCAUUGUGAUGGAGGAAAUGUCGCGAGUGUCCGCGGCCAUCGCUCUCAGUUACGGCGCCCACUCUAACCUCUGCGUCAACCAGAUGGUGCGCCACGCCACCGAGAAACAGAAGGAGAAGUACAUGCCAAAGUUGAUGACGGGAGAGCACAUUGGAGCCCUCGCCAUGAGUGAGCCCAACGCCGGCUCUGAUGUCGUGUCCAUGAAACUCAAAGCAAAGAAGGAAGGCGACCACUAUAUUCUGAAUGGCAACAAGUUCUGGAUCACAAACGGACCAGAUGCCGACGUCCUCAUUGUUUAUGCAAAGACGAAUCCUGAAGCCCAUCAAAGAGGCAUCACAGCUUUCAUUGUUGAAAAGGGAAUGCCAGGUUUCUCUACAGCACAGAAGCUCGACAAACUCGGCAUGCGGGGAUCCAACACCUGCGAGCUGAUCUUUGAAGACUGUAAAAUCCCAGAGGAGAACAUCCUUGGACCGUUGAACAAAGGUGUUUAUGUAAUGAUGAGCGGCUUGGAUCUGGAAAGGCUUGUGCUGGCGUCAGGACCUAUUGGCAUCAUGCAGGCGGUCCUGGACUAUGCAGUCCCCUACCUACAUGUCAGAGAGGCUUUCGGUCAGAAGAUUGGACACUUUCAGCUGAUGCAAGGCAAGAUGGCCGACAUGUACACCAGGCUGAGCUCCUGUCGACAGUAUGUGUACAAUGUUGCCCGUGCUUGUGACAAAGGACACUUCAGUGCAAUGGACUGUGCUGGAGUGAUCCUGUAUUGUGCGGAGAACGCCACUCAGGUCGCUUUGGAUGGCAUACAGUGUUUGGGUGGGAAUGGCUACAUCAACGAUUACCCCAUGGGGCGAUAUCUACGUGACGCAAAGCUGUAUGAAAUCGGCGCCGGCACGAGUGAAAUCCGCCGGCUCAUCAUUGGGCGAGGCUUCAACGCCAUGUACAAAUAA